AUUAAAAAAAGCAAGAAGCUCCAAAGGGCCGUUGAUACACAUCAUUCAUUGUUGAUGUUCAGGGUCAAGACAAAAGCCACACUCAACGGCUACAUUUCCGCUCUCUCACUCAUCCAACUUAACAUACAAUCCCAACAAUGAUUUGAGCCCUAAACACAAAUCACAUGCAUUUCCCCUUUUGCUGUUCGUUUCAUCAACAAAUGCCCUCUUAAUCCAUUCAAAAUCGAUCAAUAUAACCUCAUUAAUCUCAUCCAAUCAGGUAAGAAUCUACCCAUUUCAAAAAGUUAAGAUUUUUCCCACUUUCUGUACCAAAUCUUGUUGCUUAUUAACAAUCAAGAUUGUUAAUUGUGCUUAAAGAUCCAAGAUUUAGAGAUGGAUUGUGUUUUGGAGCUAAUUGACGAAAAUGCCCUUUGAUUUGAGUCUAUUGGGCAUUAGGGUUUUGUUCAUUUUAGUGUGUUUUGUAAGUAAUUUGAAGAUUUGUUGAUUGUAACUUGUAAGUAAUAUGUUCAAUUUGAUUGAGAUGUGUGAGAUAUUGUUGUAAGUAAAGAAGACAGUGAAGAGGAAGGAUAGAGUACUGGUGUUUGAAAGUUUGACUUUUUGUGGGUCAAUUUGAAACAAAUCAACAAUGUCAGCUGUUGAUGUUGGUUUGAGUCCGAUUCACAUAGAGUCCGCUUUCGUUCGUAAUGUGAACGAAUCGAUUGUUAUAUAUCUCACCGGUGCCGGUUCAGUGAUUCCCAUGUGUAUUUUGGAGUCCGAAUCGGUUGCAUCGGUGAAGCUAAGGAUUCAAACAUGUAAAGGGUUUUUAGUGAAGAAACAAAAGCUGGUUUUCGAAGGAAAAGAGUUGUCAAGAAAUAACAGUCUUGUUAAAGACUAUGGUGUUUUGAGUGGAGAUAUUCUUCAUUUGAUUCUUAGGGUUUCGAACCUGCUUAUGAUCACGGUUGAAACCGCGUUUAAGGAAGAGUUUAAGUUCCAAGUUGACCGGUUUAGAAACGUGCGGUAUUUGAAGCAAAAGAUAGCACAGGAAGCGAAAGCGGAUGCUUUCGUCAAUGUUGAGGAUCAAGAAAUCUUGUGUAAUGGUGAGAAGCUUGAUGAUCAAAGACUCAUUGAUGAUAUAUGUAAGAACGGUGAUGUCAUUGUUCAUUUAACUGUUCGAAAACCGGCACGAAUCGAGAACGAAAAGAAUCGUAAGAAGUUACCGAAUCUCGGUUACUCAUUGCAACCGGUUAUCAUCAACCCUAAUUUGAAAAUUCCUUUAACCAUAUGGGGUAUGCUAAAUUCGGCUUCCGAAGGAUUGAAAACGGGAAAAAAACCGUUUAGAGCGUCUGAAGGCACUGGGGGAGCGUACUUUAUGCAACACGCGUUAGGUAACAAGAUUGUUGCGGUUUUCAAACCCGUAGAUGAAGAACCGUUGGCGGUUAAUAAUCCUCAAGGGCUACCACCGUCAACAAACGGUGAAGGACUCAAGAGAGGAACUAAAGUAGGUGAAGGUGCGUUGCGGGAGGUUGCGGCCUACAUCUUAGACCACCCGUUAACUGGACCGCGGUCAUCAAAGAGUGAAACCGAGAAAGGUUUUGCGGGUGUACCACCGACCAUCAUGGUCAAGUGUUUGAGCCCGGAGUUUAAUCACCCACUCGGGUAUGCUGGUGGGCCCGAGAAUGUUAAAGUCGGAUCGUUACAAAUGUUUGUGAAUAACAGUGGAAGUUGCGAAGAUAUGGGUCCGAGAGACUUUCCGGUUGAAGAGGUUCAUAAGAUCACGGUUUUCGAUAUACGAACCGCCAAUGCUGAUAGGCAUGCGGGGAAUAUCUUGAUGAACCGUGAAGGCGGUCGUAUUGUGCUAACCCCUAUUGAUCAUGGAUACUGCUUGCCCGAGAAUUUUAAAGAUUGUACAUUCGACUGGUUGUAUUGGCCACAAGCGCGCGAACCAUACUCGAAACAAGUUCACGACUACAUAAACUCAUUGGACGCAGAGCAAGACAUAGCGCUCUUGAGCUCGUACGGGUGGGACCUUUCAGUAGAGUGUGCACGCACGUUGCGCAUUUCCACGAUGCUUUUGAAAAAAGGCGCGGCAAAAGGGCUCUCACCGUUCUCCAUAGGUCAAAUCAUGUGCAGAGUGAAGGUGAACCAAGAAUCCAUGAUCGAGACCAUGGUUCAGAAAGCCCGUGAUUCCAUGCUCACAGGAAUGAGCGAGGGUGCGUUUCUUGAAAUUGUGUCGGAAAUCAUGGAUUUUGAACUCGACAAUAUACGUGUUUAAGGCUCGUUCGUAUAGGUAUACGCGUAUCGUGUAUGUAUGUAAUUGAUCCGGUUUGGAUAAAAAAAAGUUUGUUAAUUUGUGGCUUCUAGUUUUAAUAAAACUAUGAUCAGCAA